AUGGGCUUUUUGAUCAGGGUUCUGGGUCCUUCUGCCGCCAAGACAUACUUCAAACGUCUGGAGGAGGCAGAACGGAUUGUCGGACAACUACUUACCCUUCGUGUUACGAGCUCCGAGAUCCUCCAUCUUGUGUCCAGUGAGGUCCAGAUAGCAUUGGAGGAGCGUGAUCACAGACUGGAGGAGACAACAUCGUUGGAGGCGAGGCUGAUGCAAGAGCUGGAGCGUGCUAUGGCUGAGAGCGAGCGGAUGAGCUUGAAGAAGGCUCGUGAACAGGUGAUCGGGGAGUUGGAGGCACUCGAGUCUCGACAGCAGCUGGUUGUUGAUACUAUCGAGGAGAAGGACCGAGCCCUCAAGGCAGCGAGGCACACCGUCCAAGACUUGCUUUUGUGCUCUGAAGAGGAUAUUCGUCAAGAGAUCUUGAGGAGGCUCGAGUUCGAACGUGCUGAAGAGAUUCGCGAGUUGGAGUCGUGGCUGAGAGAUUUUUAA